AUGGCCAUCACUAAAAUCUUCUCCAGAUACGUCUACGACUCCAGAGGAAACCCAACUGUCGAGGUCGACUUGACCACCGAUAAGGGUCUUUUCCGUGCAAUUGUUCCCUCGGGUGCUUCCACCGGUAUCCACGAGGCUCUCGAGCUCCGUGACCAAGAUAAGACCCACUGGGGUGGCAAGGGUGUCUUGACUGCUGUCAAGAAUGUCAAUGAAAUCAUUGCCCCUGCUCUCAUCAAGGCUGAUAUUGAUAUCACCGAUCUUACCGCCAUUGAUAAGUUCCUCAUUGACCUUGACGGAACCCCCAACAAGUCUAAGCUCGGUGCUAAUGCCAUUCUCGGUGUCUCGCUCGCUGCCGCUAAGGCUGGUGCUGCUGAAAAGGGUCUCCCCCUUUACGCCUUCAUUUCAGAGAUCUCCGGUACCCCUAAGCCUUAUGUUCUCCCCGUCCCCUUUAUGAAUGUCCUCAAUGGUGGCUCCCACGCCGGUGGCCGUCUCGCCAUUCAGGAGUUUAUGAUUGUCCCCCUCGACUUCCCCUCCUUUUCCGAAGCUUUGCGUGCCGGUGCUGAGGUUUACCAGAUUCUCAAGUCCCUCACCAAGAAGAAGUACGGCACCUCGGCCGGCAAUGUCGGUGACGAAGGUGGUGUCGCCCCCAAUAUCCAAACCCCCCAGGAGGCUCUCGACCUUAUUACCGACUCUAUCGAGAAGGCUGGCUACACUGGCAAGGUCUCCAUUGCCAUUGACGCUGCCUCUUCUGAAUUCUUUAAGGAUGGCAAGUACGACUUGGACUUUAAGAACCCUGACUCUGAUGCCUCCAAGUGGCUCACUGGUGAGCAGCUCGCUGACCUCUACAUUGAGCUCCUCGACAAGUACCCCAUUGUCUCUCUUGAAGACCCCUUUGCUGAGGAUGACUGGGAAACUUGGGUCCACUUUUACUCCAAGGCUGCCGACCGCCUCCAGAUUGUCGGUGAUGACUUGACUGUCACCAACCCCAUCCGCAUCAAGACUGCCAUUGAGAAGAAGGCUGCCAAUGCCCUGCUGCUCAAGGUUAACCAGAUUGGCUCUCUCUCUGAGUCUAUCCAGGCUGCCAAGGACUCUUAUGCCGCUGGCUGGGGUGUCAUGGUCUCUCACCGCUCUGGUGAGACUGAGGAUACCACCAUUGCUGACAUUGCUGUUGGUCUCCGUGCUGGCCAGAUUAAGGCUGGUGCUCCUGCUCGUUCCGAGCGUCUUGCUAAGCUCAACCAGAUUUUGCGCAUUGAGGAGGAGCUCGGCGACAAGGCCAUCUACGCUGGUGCCAAGUUCCACUCUUCUGUCGCCAUUUAA